AUGGAGCCUGCCCGGUACUUGUCCGCGGAGCGGGACGCGUCCCCCGCGCCGCCCCACGGGGACGUGACGUGGAACAUCACGGGGACGGGCGGGACGGACGUGGCGCUGCGCUCCGUGACGGGCUGUCUGCUGUCGCUGCUCAUCCUCUGGACUCUCCUGGGGAACAUCCUGGUGUGUUCCGCGGUGCUGCGCUUCCGCCACCUGCGCUCCAAAGUCACCAACAUCUUCAUCGUGUCGCUCGCGCUCUCGGACCUGUUCGUGGCGGUGCUCGUGAUGCCGUGGAAGGCCGUGGCGGAAGUGGCGGGACACUGGCCCUUCGGCGCGUUCUGUGACGUGUGGGUCGCGUUCGACAUCAUGUGCUCCACGGCGUCCAUCCUGAACCUGUGCGUCAUCAGCGUGGAUCGAUACUGGGCCAUUUCCGCGCCCUUCCGCUACGAGCGCAAGAUGACGCAGCGCGUGGCGUUCGUCAUGAUCAGCGUCACGUGGACUCUGUCCGUGCUCAUCUCGUUCAUCCCGGUGCAGCUCAACUGGCACAAAGCGGCGGCCGACGCGCACGGAGCGCUCAACGUGUCGCGCGUGCGCGCGCCGGAGCAGAACUGUGACUCGAGCCUGAGCCGCGAGUACGCGAUCUCCUCUUCCCUCGUGAGCUUCUACAUCCCCGUGGCCAUCAUGAUCGUGACGUACACGCGCAUCUACCGCAUAGCGCAGAUGCAGAUCCGGAGGAUCGCGUCGCUGGAGCGCGCGGCGGAGCACGCGCAGAGCUGUCGGACCAAUCGGCUCGAGUGUCAACACCACAGCACGCUCAAGACGUCACUGAAGCGCGAGACCAAAGUGCUGAAGACGCUGUCCGUGAUCAUGGGCGUGUUCGUGUGCUGCUGGCUGCCGUUCUUCGUGCUCAACUGCAUGGUCCCGUUCUGCGAAAAGCCCGCGGCGCAGCGCAGCGCGGGGCUGCCGUGCGUCAGCGACACCACGUUCGACGUGUUCGUGUGGUUCGGAUGGACCAACUCUUCCCUCAACCCCGUCAUUUACGCAUUUAACGCGGAGUUCCGCAAAGCGUUCGCGAGUCUGCUGGGCUGCCGCUACCUGUGCGCCACGCCCGUGGAGACGGUCAACAUCAGCAACGAGCUCGUGUCCUACAACCAGGACACGCUCAUCCACAAGGAGAUCGCGAGCGCCUACGUCAACAUCAUCCCCAACGUGGUGGAGUGUCUGGAGCACGAGGACGGCUUCGACCGGAUCUCGCAGUUCACGCACACCGGAAACGCCUCUGACUCGGUGUGUGACCCGGAGGACUGUGAGGACAUCAGCCUGGAGCGACUGUCUCCGUUCGCCUCAAACGGACUGCGCUGA